AUGCAACUCGAAAACCUGUCACUCGUACAACUAUUGCAAAAGCAAGGAAAAAUGGAGAAGAUCAAGCGCACGAGGAGAAACCGACAGCAUAUAGUGGGUGGAGGAACAAGACGACUCUUCAACAAAAAACCAAGAAGAGACGUCAACUAUUCAAGAAAGAUGGAUGACUGGGACCUUUUCGCUCUGCAUCCCAAGAAGGACUUGAUCAUUCCAAAAUCAUCCUUUGCACGUUUGGCAAGAGAAAUCACGGAAGUCAUCAAACCUGGAGAAAACUACGUGAUUGAUCAGCUUGCGUUGGAUUCUUUACAAGAAUGUGCCGAAGCUCAUAUAGUUCAGGAAUUCGAAAUGGCCACUGUAUUCACUGCUCGUGCGAGUAGGGCGACGAUUCAAUCGAAAGAUAUGAAGGAUGCAAAGUUUAUCAGGGACUUACGGGAUGGAUAUGCAGUUCGAUUGCAGACGGAGAAGAUGAACAAAAUGGGGGAUACCAAGCAGUCAGACUGA